AGAAAAUUCUAGAAUUACAAAUUAUUUGGAGCUUAGACCGCACAGCAUUGCCCACGCCGUUGCCCCCUUCUCCAGUUCUCCGCUCGAGCCCGCGCCGCGGAACCCGCCUCCAGUCUCCUUCCCACCGGACCACGGCAUCCACCCCCUCGUUCGUCGUCGUCGUCUCCCCAUCUACUAGUAUCGGAUUGGCGUGGAGUGGAGAUCAAUCCGGAGCUGGGAUUGAUUUCUUUUGUUGUUACUUACUUGGGCAAUUUUUCUUGUGGGAAAGGAAGGACACUCGUGAGUCAGAACGUUCUUCAUAAACCUGAAUAAAGGACAUGCGAUCAAAGAAGGCAGCCGGGAAGAGGCAGAGCUCAGGUCAUCGCAAUAGUGAUGUUUCAUGGAUCUCUGAGGUUAAAGACUUACCGAAUGUGGCUAUAAGGAAGAAAAGGGGGAUAAGAGCACCUCCACCUUCUAAAAGUUUACGUGGUAAAAAGGUUGAUAAGGUUAUUGACAGUGAUGGUCCAUCCUCAUCUUCAGAAGAACAAGAUCACUCGGCAAACUCCAAAAACAGGCUCCAAAAAGCUUGCUCUCAAACCACAGAGAGGUUUCCUAACAGCCCAACUGGUUUUGAGAAAUCUUUCUGUUCAGAAAAAGAAACAGAUGCUACAAGAAGCAAGGAAGAUACACUUCAUUUGAAACAGAAAGGGGUUGAUAGUGAGCCCACAAGCCAGAAUGACUUAGCAAAUGAAGAUGGUUCUAGCAUGCAAACAGCUGUUGUGAAAAAGGGUAUUGAUGAGGAAAGAAGCUCUCGAGAAAUCAAAGAUGACGUGUCUAAUGCGCAAGUGGAUGCCACAUUCUCUGAGGAUAAUAGUGCUGAAGUUGAAGAUGUGAAAGUGUGUGACAUAUGUGGAGAUGUUGGCGACGAGGAGAAGCUCGCUGUCUGUAGCAGAUGCAAUGAUGGUGCUGAGCAUACUUAUUGUAUGCGGGUAAUGAUGGAAGAGGUUCCAGAGAGUCAGUGGUUGUGUGAAGAGUGCCAAACUGAGGUAGAAUUUGAAAACGAGAAUAAACUAGAAAAAUGUCAGGUGAAGGUCGGCACUUCAAAAGGACAGUCCUUUGAAGGGAAAAUGAACAAACCUGUCAAUGCUGCAAAUGGCAGAAGUUCUUCGGACAGUGAAUUCGAGGCUGAAAAUGUAGGUAACAAAGAGUCAGAUACCGCAAAUGACGGCAGUGAUAUGGUCAAUAACAGGAUGGAAGAAAAUGCUGCGAUUACAACCUCAGUUAGAGAAACUAUCCCAGAACCUACUGGUUUAUACAUGGGGGCUGACUCCAGAAAAAGAUUGUCACCAUCACAUGAGAGCUCAUUCAGGUUUGAUGUGGACAAAGGAAAACAGCCCAAUCAUCAAGUGGCAACCUCAUUGGCAUCUAAUGCUCCGAAGAAUCUGGCACCAGAACCUCGUGGUCAACUUUUAAAAUCCACCUCUUUCAACAACUCAAAGGUUCCCAAAGUGAAACAGCUACUGAAUGAAGUUCCUCAGAAGCCCAAAAAUUUGAAGGAAGCUUGGUCUUCUGCCUUGAAAAAGGAGGGGCCAAUAAGCAUGACUACUAAGUCGACAACCUUUAAAAAGCCUAAAUCUUUUGAGCAAGCAAAUAAGGCAAAGUCUUCCAUCUUGUCACCUGCCAAGGAGCCAAGGAUGACAAAUCCACUGGUGAGCCGAAAUGUAACAAAUGAUAGAGGCACUUCUAUUUUGGGUUGUCCCUCUGCUACCGCAUCAAUGGUUGCUACUGUCCCUUCAAAAACUGAUACCACAGGUCAGCACCUUGCUACAAUAAAUAACAUGACUGACUCAAAUUACUUAUGCAUUGCCCAUGGACAGGGUGUUAAAAACUCUCAUGGAAGCAGUGAGCUAAAGAAGCCACUUUUAGCAAAAAUGCUUGGAAGUACGAUGUUAUCUAGUGCUGAGAGAUCCUCUGGUAUUCUUGGUUCUGGCACACCGAUAAAGGUAAUUCAAAACUCAGAUCCUUCACAUCGGGAUAAUAAAAUAAAGGAUCCACCUAGCUUCAGAUCAGGUGCUUCUAGCAGUAAUCGCACAAUUCGUUGCCAAAGAUGUAAUGAAGCAGGCCAUUCUACACAAUUUUGUGCUAUUGACAAACUUCACUUGUCUGCAAUAAAACCUUUGAGCGAGCAGAACUUGAAGGAUGCAUCUGCCAAUAGGACUAAAAUACCUGAAACUAGUUCAUUGGUCACUACUGAAAAAGCUGCUUCCAGAUCGGCAGAUCAAUCCGAGCAAAGCCUAAAAUGUGGUACUUAUCAGAAUCCAAUAUGUGGGCCUAAAGAUGUUUUAUCUACCUCAUUUAGCCAUGUGAAGAAGCCCUCCCAAUUGUUUGUUCGGACUAAUGAGCAGCAUAUGAGAUACAGUCUGUCCAAGCCUAGCAGCGUGGCUUCAAUAGAGUGUAACAAGCUGAAGUUCAAAGACGAUCAUCCAACUCAAUCUGCCAUGGCAGGAAGGUCUGCUGGUAACGGUUCUGCUAUGCCCAGUGAUCCUAGGGAUGAAUCCAGUCAAGGCUUUUCAACUGGUGACGAACCAAUAGCUUCGACUGUGCUAGAGUUGGACUACAUAUGGCAAGGUGGUUUUGAGCUAUGGAGAACUGGAAGAUCACCUGAGCUAUGCGAUGGCUUCCAAGCCCACUUAUCAUGUUCUGCUUCACAGUUAGUGCUGGAAGUAGCAAAGAAAUUCCCUUCUAAAGUCCAGCUUGAGGAACUUCCUCGUCAGAACUCAUGGCCAACACAUUUUCAGGAAAGUGGUCCUACGUAUGACAAUGUUGGUCUUUUCUUCUUUGCUAGAGAUGCUCAGAGCUAUGAACGUCACUACAGUAAAUUAGUUGAAAAUAUGCUGAAGAACGAUUUAGUGCUCAGAGGAAGUGUUGACACAGUUGAGAUGCUUAUAUUCCCUUCCAAUAUCCUGUCAAAGAACUUUCAAAGGUGGAACAUGUUCUAUUUUCUAUGGGGUGUGUUUAGAGUUAGCAGAAAAAAUUGCAUAAAACUUCUGCCUGAUGUACACACAAGUAGACGCAAAUCUAAUUUAAGUGAGGGUCCCCGGGUGGUGGAUCCUAGUACCUCUGUUUUACCAUCUAAUCACUCAUUGUCAGAAGACUCGAAUAAUUUCUCCAAACCAGACCCCAAUUUGGUAAAGUCAGCUACUUGUACAGACCAUCAAUGUGUAGAGAGUUUUGAAGCCAAUCAUCAGGGGUGUUUGAAUGGAGAGAACUCUUUGAAUCAGCCCGUGAGUCGGAGACCUUUAGAUGAUCAUCAUGAUUUAGCUACAGCAAGAUGUUCAUCAAAUAACAAUGGUUUUAUUGAUCACUCCGUUACCGCCACAGAAAGAAAACACCAGAGACUUAAUUAUUCAGGACACGAAGAUAAAAUGCGUGACAAUUUCAAUGGUAAUGUUAGUGAAAGAGAUUUUGAUGUGAAUAAGGUGCCGAUUGCUUGCUCUGUCUCCUUAAUCCAAGAGGAAGAACCUGGUAAGGAGAACACAACCAUCAACCUUAACAAUGCAGAGCAGCUCAUGGAUAUAUACCAUGAAAGUACUACUGAGGUUAACACAGGCACACUGGAUCCUCUUUCUCAUGCAUCAGGUGGUGCACGUAAAAGAGAUUUUGAGAUGGUCAAUGGAGCUGAUGGCGUCGAUGGAGAACUCGAGCAUAAGAAAAUUAAAUUGGAUAAUGUAGUGUCUGCAAACUCUUGUUUCAGUGAGAAUGUCAACGAUGGAAGGUUAUCAUCUAAGGUGCACCCCCUCGCAGCUUCCUCUGUGGAUGAUGGCACUGACAAUAAAGUGAUGGCAGGAAGCUCAAAGGGUGAGAGAAAAUGCGUAUUUCUACUAGAUCUAAAUGCAGUGGACGAUGCGGUAUCUGAGAACAUUGUAGAUAUUCUGUCUUCAGAUGAUGAAGAGUUGCCGGAACCUGGUGUGCCAGAUCCUGAUCUAGAAAGGGGGGAUGAUAUAUCUUCAGGAAAGGCCAUGCUGUCCUCUGUUUCAUCAAAGGUUGUAGAGAAGCAGAAUAAGGGAGAUAGGGUGCCAACUGAUAUAACGGGUCCACUCUCCCUCUCUCUGGCAUUCCCGUCAAGGAAGGAGCAAGCUAGUAAACCACAAUCAGAACCACAGAGACAGUUGCCUGAGAGGAGAAAUUGGAAAAAUGCAUCAUCCAUUUGGGGCCAACAGUGAUGGUUCGUUGCUCUUGCAUUCCUUAUGUCGGCGGACUUUUGAAGCCCCUGCUCACCUCAAAAGGAGCCACCCAAGACAUAAUAAUUCUGAAAACAGAUGCAGCUGCAAUGAUGCCUUGUAAUGCGAUUAGCAUCUGAGGCAUUGAUCUGAUAACCGCACAUGCUCUUGGCAUCACAUCCCAUCAGGACUUUUGAACUACAAAGAGCUUCAGUUCUCACAAUGUGAGUUGAUCAAGUGCAGAAACAUCGAUAGCGAUCUGAGGAAAAGUUGAAACUCUCCAUUUUGAAUCUCAUGUUCAAAAUCAGCAUUGUAAAUCGCAUGUCAAUUUUGCCCAUAGCUGUCAGCAGCCUGAAAAUUGGACGGUAACAGUGCGAGUAAAUGCUGGUAUUCGGCUGCUGUUAGUGCAUAACAUAUUGUUGCCACCGUUAAUUUGUUCCUUUAAUCCAUGAAAUUUGCUGCGGGAUGUACGCUAAUCUGAACGGCAUUACACAUUCGCUUAGGCAAACGACAUAAUUCGACUUUUACUAUCCUCUGUAGUUUAUCAACAAAUUAACAGACUUAUACUAUGAAAUGUUGCAGCAGCUUUGUUAGUAGUGGACUAUUAGGGCCAUGUGCUUUUAUAAUAUGCCCCUCCCAUUUGUUACGGUUAGAACUGUAAAGACAA